AUGACGUUAGACACUUUGGUCGUUUCGAUUUGCAAGGAUAUUUUGUUCUUUUUUAAAUAUAUUAAAUGUACGCGAAAUGACGUCAUUCAUCUGUUAACCAAACACAAACCGUCUCUUUAUGUGUCCUUAACUCUGACAAAUGGAAAAACUCUGUACCAACAAUACGGUCAAUUCUCCAUUACCGACGAGGCAGACAAAUACAGACUUUACCUUAAAGGACCGACCACUGGAACAUUAGGAGACAGUAUGUUAAACACAGGGAGGUCUGACACAGAUCUGUCUGGAAUGUACUUUAGUACACCAGACAAGGACAACGACAGGUGGAGUGAAGUUAACUGUGCUGCUGACAGUAAAGUAAGAGGAGGCUGGUGGUAUAACGCCUGUCAUCAGGCCUUCCUUAACGGUCCCUGGUCCCCGGAAGACUGGUUUUAUCCAUGGUAUCCGCUUCUUAUGGAAGGUAGAGAGAAAAAAGAGACUGUUAUGAUGAUAAAACCUCACUAA